AUGGGCAACUCAACCAUUUGUAUGACUAUAUACAUAUUCAAAGGAAACCCAGUCGACGCUUGGUACAAGCGGCACGUUCUCAUGUACUUCACGUCACCCGAGAACAAGAACUUCCACGAGACCGUCCACGCUCAGCGUGACGAUGAGCUGAAGCCUUGGAGGGUCGACAGAAUCCACAAGAAGGUCAUCUGGGCCGACAGUGCGACGUACAUCACCCACGUCAACGCUGGGGCUGUAAAAGUUCGGAAAGGUCACGAACUUGAUCCAGUCAACGUCAUGGCAGCCACUCCGUUGACGGGUCGAGAUGCUGACUGGAAUUGUCAGAAUUUUCUCCUCGAGGGGCUUCAAGCACUUGUUUCUCAUGGAUACCAGACACAAGGGUGGUAUGACUGCGUUGAAGGGGAUCUUAUGGACAAACUGCUGGAUACUAAUGUUGCCUAG